AUUGCACCACGUGUUUCGAGCGGGGAUUGCGUUCGAUACGUAUUGCGGAUGAGAGCGUGUAAUCGCGAACGCUAAACCAGAGCGAAAAGAAUUUUUUGACUACUAAAGAAAAAUAGUCACACACGUAAAAAAAUGAAAAAUUGAAAAUAUCAAAAGAGAAUAAUGAACCAGGAAUAAUCUUUCUAUAUUUCUUCUGAAUUCUCUAAUUGAAGUUAGACGCAAUCAUAUCACAGAUGCAAUCGAAGAUGUGCAUCUUCUCAACGCUAUGUCACGCUAAGUCUAUGCAGCAAAUUAUCGAUUAAGAAAAAUGCAAAUUUUAAUUAAAUGGUGAAUCCAAAAAAAAAUGUCAAAACAAUGUCAUGAUCCAGAAUGUAUCGCAUAUAAGGAAAAAUUUACCACUCAUAAAUAUAAGAACAAAGAGAAAGAUCCGAGACCGUCUUCAACAUCAUAUCAAAAAUUUUUGGAUAAUUGUACUGCAUCACAAAAGAAAAGGCAGAAAUGUGCAAAAUCAAAACCAAAGCACUCAGAAGAUAGUUCGAAAAAUUCAAAAAUGUUGUUUAAUAAAUCGAAGACCUGCAAAAAUAAGAAAUGCCAUGUCCCGCAGUCGACUUCUGGAAACUUGAUUUUGACAUAUUUGCGACAAAAGUUACGCAUAAGGAGCACGGAACCAAACACCUGUGAACGAGUUUCCGGCUGUUCCCAGAAUAAUAUGGCGCAAAUAUGUACCUGUGACAAAAGUGAGCAUCACAUCUGUCGGAGUGGAAGUUUGCAUGGACAUGUGAAUUCACAGAACGUAUCUACGGAGAGGAACAAGAGGAGGAGGCGAAAAAGAUCACAUCGUCGACAUAAAAAGACUUCAAAGAGAGAAAGUGAUCGACUAAGGCAUAACUGUUUCACGACGUUUUGUAUCUGUGUGCGAGGUCGUACUUCGGAUGAGCUAAGAACUUGUAAAUGCACGUCGUCUCAUGGGAUUCCUUCGAAUGAUCACGAAUGUUGCUGCGUUAAAGCCAAAAAAAAACGAGGAUAAAUCGACUGACAUCUAAAAACAAAAAAGAGGAUAAAUCGAUUGACAUCUAAAAACAUAUUAAGAAAUUCCAACAGACAGACAUAUUGCAUAUCCAUCGGCCAGUGAGAGGAAACCUCAGCUUAAACAUCCAGAUAAAUUAUUAGAAGAAAAAUCAAGUUUCAGAAAAAGGUUGAAGAGUGUCGGGUUGCCAGACAUCUUUCACGAAAUUGUCGAGCAAUAAUUUAGCGCCUUCCUCGGGAUAUUAAGUAGGAUUAACA